AUGCAGUUGUUUUCCCGCAACCAGGAUCCCGUCUUCCCAGACAUCUCACCAUCUCCACAGGCAAAAGAGCCGGUCCAAGACAAUACAAUAAUACCGGAGGAAACUGGAAAAGAUCCUGAAAAGACACCAAGCGAUGAUUGUGUGGGAAUACCAGAUGGGGGUUCUCGGGCCUGGGUUGUCGUAUUGGCUGGGUUUCUCAAUUUCUUCACGGGAUUCGGUAUUCUCAACUCAUGGGGCACUUUCCAAAACUAUUACGAAAACGCGAUGAUGGGAGGGGGUACCUCCUGGACGGAAGGACGAAUCACUUGGAUCGGCAACUUGCAGACCGGAAUCCUCUUCAGCUCCGGGCUCAUCAUUGGCCCGGCAUCUGAUAGAUGGGGCGCGAGGCCGCUGGUAAUUUUUGGAUCAGUGCUAGUUUUCCUCUCGUGCAUGGCCGCGGGCUCCAGCAGCAUGUGGUGGCACUACCUGCUCACUCAGGGCAUCAUGUUCAGCAUCAGAAAUGCUCUUAUGUUCUAUGCAACGGUCGGUGCCAUCGCCGAAUGGUUCGACAAGAGGCGUGGUGUUGCCUUGGGCAUUGCCGCUUCAGGUUCAUCCGUGGGAGGCAUAUUCUGGCCAAGCGUACUCAACGCCAUGUUCCAUACUGUCGGCUUCGGAUGGGUCCAUCGGGCAACGGGCCUGAUAUGCUUGCCUUUUUUUAUUUUUUCGUCCAUCUUCAUCAGAGGAAGGAAAGGUCUAGCAGGUCACGAUACACAUGGGCGAGUUGUCGAUCCAAGUUAUCGCAAUCCGCGAAAGGCCAUAUUCCGGUGGGAUUUUAUUGCGUUCAUCAUUUCUGAGUUUCUUGUCUACCUUGGUUUCCUCAUCCCAUUCGGUUUCAUUCCCGCCUACGCCACCAGUCAUGGGAUCGGCCCAAUCCAAGCAAAUGCCCUUCUCUCGAUUUGCUACGGUGGCUCUGUAUUCGGCCGCGUCCUCGGCGGCAUGUUUGGUGACCGGUUCGGUAGGUUUAACAUUUUGUCUCUGAUCUGUUUUCUGACUGGCAUGAUGACAUUGGUCUGGAUCAAAAUGACAACGUUUUCCAGCAUGGUUGCUUUCGCCCUACUCUUUGGCCUCUUCUCUGGGGGCAUCAUGCCUCUCAGUUCCACAUGUGUGGCACAGAUAACUCCCGACAUGGGUUACCUUGGCCUCCGUAUCGGCUUCAUGAUGGCGGUUUUAUCGAUUACCACGUUUAUCAGUACCCCAAUCACUACACACUUGCGCACAAUGUCUGCAGGACUCGGUCCAACCGAAGCAAGUGGCAGGCCGUCUGGCUUCACGCCCCUCUUCCUAUUCUCAGGCUGUGUAACAAUUCUAGGCGGAGUCUGUAUCCUCUUCACUCGGCUUAAAUGGGGUUCCAAGGGGAAAAAAUUCGCUUUUUAA